AUGAUAGUCCACCCCGGUGAUGGCGUCAAAGAGCAGACGGCCGGUCUCUAUGCAAAGAAGCGCGCUCCAGAGGGCGAGAGUGGAGGCGAACCUCACUUCCUGGAGGACCCAGUGGCAAGAGUCAGCGAUGUCUGGAGUGUCGUCGACUACCUCGAGCAGCUAGAAUAUGUUGACACCACCAAGAUCGGUAUCCUCAGCAUUUGUGCCGGCGGAGGCUACGCCGUUGCAGCUGCGAAAGCAGAUUAG